AUGCGUUCAGACGUGCAUGCAUUUAUUAUCUAUUUUUCAAUAUUAUCAUUAUUAGUAAUUAGUGGUACUUCCUUAUUUCCGUUUAUAUUUCGAAAUAUUAUUAUUUUUGUUAAAUUUAUUAGUCCUUGGAAACAUAAAAUAGUAUUUGACUAUAUUCUAUUAAAUAAUCAUCGUCUAUCAACGGUAUUAUUUCCAACUGUUCAAACACGUAUUUAUAUUACAAUGACAAUAUUAUUAUACAUACUUGGUUUUACUGUAUCACUAAUGUUAGAUUAUAGUAAUCAGAGUUUUGCUAGUUAUACUCCUGGAAAAAGAUUAUUAAUAUUUUUAUUCCAAACUGUGAAUUCUCGUUUUGCGGGUUUUCAAACAGUUGAUGUUAGUUUAUUUGCCGAAGCAACAUUAAUUGUCUAUUUAUUGUUAAUGGCAGUUAAACCACAAAUGUUAUGUGCAUUAGAUGAAAGUCCAUUUGAACUUGAAUGGAUAUCAUUACAAACACAAGAUGAAGUUGAAAAAACAGUUCAACAAUCAGUAGCUCCUACAACUACAAAUCGUCGACGUUUAUCGAGUACAUCAUCAUGCGGAUCAUCAAUGAUAUUUCCAAUUCAACAUAUGCAUAAAUUAAUUAGAAAAAAAAGUUUAAAAGCAAAACUACGUGCUAGAAAAUAUUUUUCCAAAAUUGAAAAAGUUGAGAACAAUAAACCUAAAACUCCACCAGUUAACGUAUCUUUAUUACGAAUACAAUUAUUUCUAUUAGUUUUUUCUCGUAAAAUGUUAUCGCAUACAUUUAGUUUUCUAAUAUUGACACGUACAUGGUUAUUUAUAUUUAUAUUUUUGAUUUGUGCAUUUGAGUCUCACCAUACGGUACCAAUCGAUGAAAAUAUAACUGUUUUUAAAAUAAUAUUCGAAGUAAUAUCGGCGUUUGGAGCAGUCGGUUUAACAACUGGAUAUCCAAAUAUUAAAUCAAGUUUUGCUACUGUAUUAUCCAUUCCUAGUAAAAUAAUACUUGUUAUAACAAUGUUAAUGGGACGUCAUCGUGGAUUACUAAAUUCAAUGAAAGAUCAAGAGCAGAUAGAAUAUAGUGCUCAAGUAUUAUUAGACAUUUACAGAAAGCAAGUAAUUUUACUGCAACCAAAAAUGUAUAAAAUACAUUCCUUAGAGAACAUCACAACAAACAGCAUAUCCGAUAUACCACCUGAAGUUAAACCAAGAACUAUUAUUAAUAAUAUUCGAUCUUUCUCGACAGACGGAAGACUGGAUAAUUUUAACCGACCAAUCUCUCGUUAUGUUCUAGAAAAGCCCAAAAAUGUAACUGUUAGUGACGUAAGAAUUUAG